GUCAAACUAUAACGUGUGGAUACCCUUUACUGUCAAACAUCAAAGUCAUACAUCGACAACAUGUUUAAAAUUACAAAUUGACGGGUUUAAAUCAUUUCAUAUCGAGUUAGGAAGGCUAUAGCCCAUCCAUGGUGUUUAGCUUCUGUGUGGAUGUAUAAACGUUUGUUGCCGCAACGAAGGUGAUAUGUGGCAGCUAGCCCGUGCUAGCGUGUUGCUAGUUUCGCUUCUAGACUUCCAUGCUAGCCAAGUAUGAAUUCAGAGAGGCAGUGACAGCGGCAGGUGCUGAUAACAGACCAACCUAAUCCAACCACCAGCCAACUAGCGAGCUUGGCCUUUGUUUACCUGCUUCUCAGGUAAGAGGCAGGGGGCAGGGCCACCCACAAGGUAGGAGGGAUGCCUGUGGAGGGCGGAAGCAGCAGUGGCUCUGCUUCAGCUGCCCGUCACCCCAAGCAGAAGCGCAAGGCUCACAGUUUGUCUAUCCGGCGCACCAACAGCACAGAGGAGAGGCAACCAGGCCUCCAGAGAGGAGACAUGCUGGAGGGACAGGACUCCAAGCUGCCCCUCUCCUUACGGAACAAUCUUCUUGACCUUUUUGGCCAGAUUGAGCGCGAGUUUGAAAAUCUCUACAUUGAAAACGUUGAAUUACGCCGGGAAAUUGACUCUCUGAAUGAGCGUCUGACCGGAGAUGGACAGACUAUUGAGGGAGGAGACCCCACCAAAGGAGCUCUGAAAACAAAAGCCAGCCACAGCACCAGUCAACUGUCACAGAAGCUGAAGACCACCUACAAAGCCUCUACCAGCAAGCGCUUGUACACUUUCCACGGCAAAAUAGGGGGACCUCGCACCUUCAGUGUGGCCACAUGGGAGUUGUGGGGUGGAGAUUCAUGGAUUGUGUCCAGUUUUAAAGCCACCGCAGGGUCCCGGGCUUUGUGCCAGCUGCUCAAGGAGUAUGUGGGCCACCGGGACGGGAUCUGGGACCUCAGCAUCACCCGAACUCAGCCAGUGGUCCUGGGCACCGCCUCUGCAGAUCACUCCGCUCUGCUGUGGAGUAUAGAGACUGGGAAAUGUCUGCUGAGGUACGCUGGCCAUGCAGGAUCAGUUAACUCCAUCAAGUUCCACCCCACGGAGCAGAUGGCCCUCACUGCCUCUGGGGACCAGACGGCUCACAUCUGGCGCUACAUGGUGCAGCUUCCUGCCCCCCAGCCACCACCAGAUGUCAGUGCUCCGUGUGAUGACGAUCAGGACUCGUCAGACAGAGAAGAAGGUGAGGUGGAUGGCGAGGGCCCUUGCGAGGUGCCCACCGUCCGGGUCGCUACAGCAACCCUGAAGAGCCACCAGGGUGUAGUGAUCGCAGCUGAUUGGUUAGUGGGAGGCCGACAAGUGGUGACAGCUUCCUGGGAUCGAGCUGCCAACCUGUAUGAGGUGGAGACAUCUGAACUGGUUCACACACUCACUGGACAUGAUCAGGAGCUGACCCACUGCUGUACCCACCCUACCCAGCGGCUGGUGGUCACUUCAUCCAGAGACACCACCUUUAGACUGUGGGACUUCAGAGACCCGUCCAUCCACUCGGUCAACGUCUUCCAGGGGCACACUGACACGGUGACGUCGGCAGUGUUCACGGUGGGUGACAAUGUGGUUUCAGGAAGUGACGACCGCACCGUCAAGGUGUGGGAUUUGAAGAACAUGAGGUCACCUAUAGCAACCAUCCGCACUGACUCGGCUGUGAACAGGAUAAGCGUCUCUGCCAACCAGAGGAUCAUCGCUCUGCCACACGACAAUCGACAAGUCCGACUGUUUGACAUGAGUGGAGUGAGGCUGGCCAGACUUCCGCGCAGCAACAGAAUGGGUCACAGGCGAAUGGUGUGUUGCACAGCGUGGAAUGAAGAGAACCAGUCGUGCAACCUGUUCACCUGCGGCUUCGACCGACAGGCCAUCGGCUGGAACAUCAACAUCCCAGCCCUGCUGCAGGAGAAGUGAUGCCACUGACACACACACACACACAAAAAAAUUAUAAAAACUGUAAUCUGUGGCCUCGCACAUGCUAGAAUGUUUACCCUGUGAAGCAUUUUAGUUGGCAUGUAAUUCACUGAUUUCCAGCUGCUGGAAUGUGUGAAAAACACUGUUCAAUUAGCGUCGCUUUUGAGGAUGCAGCUAUUAACAUUGAUUGGCAAGAGCCUAUUCCCCAGAUGUAUAACUCAUCUGUCAUUUAUUGUGUACAUCUGCAGUUGGAACCUCCAGAACAUCUCCUGGUGUUAAGUGACUGACACGGCUCCAACAUUUUAAAGUCCAAGUGUGUACGAGGCCACAGAGCUGAUCUCCUGUAUUUGACCCUUUCACUUAUUUAGCAUGAAUUGUGAAUUGUGACACGGCUAGGCUGAUCCUUUCAUUCCUAGCCUUUUCUGUUUUAAAGUAUAAAAGUAUAUAUUUGACUCCAGAGUCACAGGCUGCUGUUCACAUCACUGUUGUUUAGUUACUGCUGAAUGGUUGCUCUUGCAUGUAGAUAAACUCGGUUUGCGAAUGUUACUUGUAAAGGAGAGAACAAUUAUAAGGCCAGGAGAGUUUGUAGAAUAGGAUAUAAAGAGGUUAUGUAUAUAUUAUGUUGUGGCCUGAUUAAGUGACCUGUGUUGCAGGUUGUUGCUAGUUCAUAGAUUAAGUGUCUUACAGCUGUCUACCUUUUGAGGGGGGAGUUUGGCAGAGAUAACGUGGUUCUGUGAAAUGUUUUUAUCCUUUUAGUCAGACUUUUUCUUAUCAUGGAACAAAACAUAUCAUAUUUAGGCCUGUCAGAUGCAGGCUGCUGGGUCAUUCAGUUGUCUUAAAAUGUUUCAUACAGGAUCUGCUGUCCUGUCUGAAAGUUUUCACUGAUUUAAGAUUCUUUGCCUAUUACCUUUGAUGCUUUCAAUUCACAGCCAGCCUCCAUAUUUCCACAUUUUGUUGUCAAUAUUUCAAACUUAUGAUACUGUAACUCUGCCUUGUUCCAUGUUUACAGUAGGAUUUCAUUUUUAAAGUAUUGCUCUAUUCUGCCACUCUGUCUGAAUGCAAAGUGUCAAGAGCAUAGCAAUAAUGGGAAAACAACUGCACUUCUGUUGUUCACAAAUCUUUUGUAGGUGUGUGAAUGGGAUGUGUUCAACAUUAUAUAUGUCGCAGGUUUAGGUGUCACUACUUUUAGCCAUAAUAUGCGCCCAUAUUUUCUUGGUGUCAGUGAAAUACAGACCCAUCCUCUUCAGCCUGUUGCCAACUCAGAGCCCUGUGUUGCUGUAAUGUGUCGUCCCUAAGUGAACUUGUUGGUUACUGGUCAUUCUUGUGCUUCAACAGCCUGUCAAUAUGAAGUUAUAGUGUUUACACUUAGCAUUGAACCCUUAGCCUUGUAUAACUUCUUGCACCUUUUGUUGUAGAUGCCGCUUUUCAGUCUGUGUGAGGCACUCAUUAUUCAAAUACAGAAGCAAUAACCCAGCUCUAUGUUUCCGGUGAAGCCGAUUUCUGUCUUGGAAAUCAGUAAAUAUGACUUGAAAUACACACUGAAUCUCAGUUUGAGAAUUCUAACUAGAAUUGGGCUUGACCGUAAACCAGGAAACUCUGUAUUUGUUACACUUGUGCAAUAUCCUGAACAUGAAGUCAUGCUGUAGUUUUUGAUCUUCAUAUGUUUAACUUAUUUCAGUGCUGUAAAUCCCAUAAAAUGAUUUGAUGUACUUGUGUGACUGGUGUAGAUGUAGCUUAAUGUAAAUGGGUAUGCAUAACGUACCCAAAAGUUAGCUUCAGACUACACACUUUACUGCUGUUUCCAUCAACAAUAGAGUCAGGAUGGAUUUUGAAGUAUCGUGAACCUAAAAAUGUAAUAAACUAUUUGAAAUGCCUUACCAUUGCAUUGAAAUUGGUGCAUUAGCCGUAUCCAUCUCAGCAUCAAUGCACUUUUCCAAAUGCUUGUUAAAUAACUAAUUGUGUUCCACUGCACAGUGCAGAUAGGAUUUUUAUUCCUGUUUCACUCAGGGAACUCAAUCUCACGCCCACUGAUACCGCUGUCAUUUUAAUCUGCAGGUAGAAAGGCAAGUCCGAUUUGCGCCCCACAUAUGAAUUCUAACUCGGAGGAAAUAUGAUUUUGGAUCGAUAAAUUAAAUUAUUGCUGGCCAGAUUGGAGGGUUAAAAAAGUGGAUAGGCUUCACUUUGUUCACUCAUUGUUGUGAAUCAUAUUCACUUCAAACUUCAUUGUGUGAUCUACUUUGCAUACUUUAUUGUGACGGGUACAUGCUCUCUGACACUUUCCAAUAAAAAUGUGUGAUUUCCUUUU